UUGAAUUGAGCCUGUCGCAAAUAAAAUAUUUUUGGUCUUGGAAUUUGAAUAAAUUUUAGAGCUUUGUGCAUGUAUAUUGUUAAUUUUUUUGCCAAUUAUUAAACGGACGGUAACUUUAGAAUUCAUCGAUCAAAAUGCUACAAUUGAAUUCUCUAGUGGAGGGUUGUGAUUUAAAUACACAUGAGGGCAUCGAUGAUGCGUGCAGGAAAGUGACGUGUAGAGAGAAAGAAAUAGAUGCCCGCUUGGAAGGUAUCCUUUCUCAACAAUGUCAACUGGAGGCAAAAAUGCGGAACAUCGGUCUUGCUCUGGGAAGCCUCUCACUGGUAGCGGACAAAAGCCGCAAUCUGUCGACGAUGAUCGAGCACACGUCACAGCUAGCGGAAAAUGUAAGCGCCAAAGUGCGCCGGUUAGACGAGGCUCGUAGUCGCGUUUCCGAAUGCCAGCAGCGAGUGCACGAUUUGAUAGAUUUACAGCUUUGCAGUGAGGGUGUGAUGACGGCCAUAAAGGAGGAAGACUUCGAAAAGGGCGCUAUUCAUGUUAAUCGAUUCCUUUCGAUGGACAAAAAUCUACUGCAAAAAACUGCUGACGAUGUAUCUGGUUCGAUUAUUUCUGUUCGUAAAGCAGUUUUUACUUUGGAGCAAGCCACAACACAGAUACGUCAGGUUGUUUGCCAGAAGUUUGAGGAUGCGGUCAAGAAAGAUGACUUGGCUUCGGUGGAGCGAUUUUUCAAAAUUUUCCCUCUACUCGGAAUGCACGACGAAGGAUUGGAAAAAUUUAUGACGUAUAUAUGCUCAAUGCUGCAGGUAAAAGCGCAGAAAGAACUGCGAUCGUCGAUGGAUAUUGCUAAAGCGGAAAAGCGAACCACAGUUGCGUUCUCGGAUACACUCACAGUUCUGUUAGAGAAUAUUGCGCGUGUAGUAGAAGUUAAUCAAGCGAUCAUCGAGAAUUGUUAUGGAGCAGGAAGGUUAAUCCAAGUAGUAUCUAUUUUGCAAAGAGAAUGUGACGACGAAGUUGUUCAACUUGUGCAGGAGUUCAACAGAAAUCGUCAAAUCGGUAAAAGAGUAACACAGAUUAACGAUUACAUAAAAAGUUCCGGAAACGCAUCGACUUUGGGUCACUUUCGAAACACGUCUGGAGGCGGUUCGGUUGACAAGCUGAAUGCAAAAGAUAUUGAUGCUCUCAUAGGUGAAAUAACGAUUAUUCAUUCGAGGGCUGAAUUGUAUGUAAAGUUUAUUAAACGAAGAUGUGCGAGUGACCUCGAAAAAAGUUCUCUAGAACCUGAUGCCAAGGAAGAGAAGUUAAAAAACCUCAACGAGCUGAUAAAAAAAUCGCGCCUGAGCACCCAAAUGCAGGAGGUUUUAGGAACGUAUCUACUUUUCGAGCGCUAUUUCAUGGAGGAGAGUGUUCUAAAAGCGAUAGCCUUGGAUAACAUCGAAACUGGUCAGCAAUGUUCCAGCAUGUUGGACGAUGUGUUUUUCAUCAUCCGAAAGUGCAUUCGGCGUUCGAAUGGAACACAAUCGUUGGAUGGUGUAUGUGCCGUUAUUAAUAAUGCUGCCAGCUGCUUGGAGCAAGAUUUCAUGAAUGCUUUGAAAUCCCCCAUAAAAGCUGGCUAUCCUACAGGUUACAUCGACUUAGCGCAGUCUGCAUUCCAAAGCUCAAUUCAGCAGGGUCGGUUGCAAACUAGUGACGUAGACCAAGCUAGAACGAAUUUUUUAACAACUCUAAAUAAUGCGGAUAUGUCUACCGAGUUCAUAGAAACACUGUGGUCAAUGAUGACAGAUGAAGUAAAAAUUAAUUUCCCCUCCAUGACACAACGAGAGAAAGAAAAGCUUGAUAGUUGCUUGGCGGGGUUAAAAUCGGUGGGAGAUUCGUUAAAAGCACUGGUAGAUUUUGGUCUACAACAACUUCGAACAUCCGCUAUUAAACCGCGUAUCCAUCCGUGGGUUGAUCAAUUUAUCAGUCACAAUCACAACCUCACGGAGGAAGAGUUGGCCUCGUAUGAAGCUGGAGAAACGUAUAUCCAAUACCUGAUUGUUCAUGUGGACGGCUUACUAACAGUAUUUAAAUCUGCCCUCACGCCAAGGAAUUAUGAUGCAUUGGUUAGUAUCGUUACUACCGAAAUCACCAUGCGGAUGGAGAGAGCCAUCAAAAAGUCCACAUUCAACCGUCUUGGUGGGCUGGUUCUGGACCAGGAGGUCCGAGCGUUGACUUCGUUCCUUACGGGAGCAACUUCAUGGUCCGUUCGUGAUAAACUAGCUAAGUUGCAGCAAAUGGCUACUAUUUUAAAUCUGGAAAGUGUUUCUGAGUUGCCUGAAUAUUGGGACUCGUCCUCGGCUACAUGGCGUCUGACGCCUAGCGAGGUCCGGGCAAUUCUCGCGCUGAGAUUGGACUUCAAAAUAGACGAUAUAAAAAAGCUGAAACUUUAGACAAUGUUCAAUGCCGUGAUAGCCGAAGGGUAUUGCAGAUAAAAUAAUAUAUUCUAUAGGUUAAUAGAA